AUGGCCGCCUACAACCAGCCGGCCCCGCCCUACACGGGCCCCAGUGUGUCGUACUUCAACCCUAGUGCCCCUUACGACUACUCCCAGUUCAACCCCUACACCAUUAACCAGCCAGAUCCCAACUUCUACGCCCUGCCUCCAUGUGGGCCGAUGAACUCCAGCUCCACAACGGUGGUGAUACAGCAACCAGUGCCAGCCUUGGGGAUGAACGGCCGCCGGAGCUGGUCCACAGGCAUGUGUGAUUGCUGCAAGGAUAUGAAUAUUUGUUGCUGUGGAACUUUUUGCUAUUGUUGCAUGGCUUGCCAGAUAGCCACACAGCUCGGAGAGUCCUUCUGCGUGCCUUGUUUUGUGCCGGGCUGGCAAACCGUUUUGCGGACGAAAAUGAGACUUCAACACGCUAUUUCUGGAAGUGUCAUGGACGAUUGUUUAGCGACAACUUUUUGUUUCCCCUGCACUCUGUGUCAGCUAGCACGUGAAUUGAAACUAUACACCACUAGGGGUCAGGUCAUGCAUUGA